CGUCGUACACCUUUGCAUCACUAACCCACUUCCUUUUCCCUUCCCCUGAGCAAAGAUGGCGGACUACGACCUCACCACCAAAAUUGCCCAUUUUUUAGAUCGUCACCUCGUCUUUCCUCUGUUGGAGUUCCUGUCUGUGAAAGAGAUCUAUAAUGAGCAAGAACUGCUUCAUGGAAAACUCGACCUCCUCAGUGAGACAAACAUGGUGGACUUCGCCAUGGAUGUGUACAGAAACCUUUUUCCGGACAAGGAUAUUCCCCAUACUUUGAGGGAGAAAAGAUCAGAGGUUGUGGCCCAGCUAAAGCAGCUGCAGUCUGAGACGGAACCCAUUGUGAAAAUAUUCGAAGACCCUGAGACAACAAGGCAGAUGCAGUCCACAAGAGAUGGACGGAUGCUGUUUGACUAUCUGGAAGAAAAACACAACUUUCGUCAGGAGUACCUGGACACUCUGUACAGAUAUGCCAAGUUCCAGUACGAAUGUGGAAACUACUCCGGUGCUGCAGAGUAUCUGUACUUCUUCCGUGUCUUGGUUCCACCUACAGACAGGAAUGCCCUGAACUCUCUGUGGGGCAAGCUGGCCUCUGAGAUCUUAAUGCAGAACUGGGAGGCAGCCAUGGAGGACCUCAGCCGCCUGAGAGAGACUAUUGAUAACAACUCUGUGAGCUCCCCGCUCCAGUCUCUUCAGCAGAGGACAUGGCUCAUUCAUUGGUCUCUCUUUGUGUUCUUCAACCACCCCAAGGGCAGAGACAAUAUAAUUGAGCUCUUUUUGUAUCAGCCACAAUACCUCAAUGCCAUCCAAACUAUGUGCCCCCACAUCUUGCGUUACUUGACCACAGCGGUCAUUACAAACAAGGAUGUUCGUAAGCGGCGCCAGGUUCUGAAGGACUUGGUGAAGGUCAUCCAGCAGGAAUCUUACACCUACAAAGAUCCAAUUACAGAGUUUGUUGAGUGCCUAUAUGUGCACUUUGACUUUGACAGUGCUCAGAAGAAACUUAGAGAGUGCGAGUCGGUGCUUGUGAAUGACUUCUUCCUGGUUGCUUGUCUGGAGGACUUUAUUGAAAAUGCCCGCCUCUUCAUCUUCGAGACCUUCUGCAGAAUUCACCAGUGCAUCAGUAUUAGCAUGCUGGCAGACAAACUGAACAUGACACCCGAAGAAGCUGAGAGAUGGAUCGUGAACCUUAUCCGCAACGCCAGGCUGGAUGCCAAGAUAGACUCCAAACUGGGCCAUGUGGUCAUGGGAAACAAUGCCGUAUCACCUUACCAGCAGGUGAUUGAGAAGACCAAGAACCUCUCAUUUCGCAGCCAAAUGUUGACCAUGAACAUUGAGAAAAAGCAGGCCCACAGCACCAGGAACGAGACACCAAACUGGGCAGGCCAGGAAACGGGGUUUUAGUGACGCACUGAAGACUGAUGCAUCCCACUCACGUCGCCGCGUCUCUUUUUCCACACUUGUCUCCCAAGGCGCACAGUGCUGUUGUGCACUUGGUUCAAGUCACCAUCAAUUCAAUAAAAGUGACCAACAAACCCA